CUGCUAGACUGAAAAUAUGAAUGCAGUGCUCUAAAGGAAAUUUAGAAUAUGUUCACCAAGGGAUCUAGAGCAACAGCAAAGCUGAGGUCAAACUGCCGUAAGGAUGGACACCAAGGAAGCUGUGUGUGGGACAGAAAGAAAUCAAGAUAAGCAACAUGAACCGUGAAGACAGGAAUGUGCUGCGUAUGAAAGAACGGGAAAGGCGGAACCAGGAAAUCCAGCAGGGCGAAGACGCCUUCCCACCAAGCUCCCCUCUCUUUGCUGAGCCAUACAAAGUUACCAGCAAAGAAGACAAGCUAUCAAGUCGUAUUCAGAGUAUGCUUGGAAACUACGAUGAAAUGAAGGAUUUCAUAGGAGACAGAGCUAUACCAAAGCUUGUUGCAAUUCCCAAGCCUACAGUACCACCAACAGCAGAUGAAAAAUCUAACCCAAAUUUCUUUGAACAGAGACAUGGAGGCUCUCAUCAGAGUAGCAAGUGGACUCCAGUAGGACCUGCACCCAGCACUUCUCAGUCGCAGAAACGGUCCUCAGGCUUACAAAGUGGACACAGUAGCCAGCGGACCAGUGCAGGUGGCAGUAGUAGCAGUAGCAGUAGUGGGCAGAGGCAUGACCGUGACUCAUACAGCAGUAGUGGGAGCAGUAGCCGGAAGAAAGGCCAGCAUGGAUCAGAACACUCCAAAUCACGAUCUUCCAGCCCUGGAAAACAGCAGGCUGUCUCUUCAUUAAGCUCCAGUCAUUCCAGGUCUCAUGGGAACGAUCACCAUAGCAAGGAACAUCAGCGUUCCAAAUCACCUCGGGACCCUGAUGCAAACUGGGAUUCUCCUUCCCGUGUACCCUUUUCAAGUGGGCAGCACUCAAAUCAGUCUUUCCCACCUUCAUUGAUGUCAAAAUCCAGUUCAAUGUUACAGAAACCCACUGCCUACGUGCGGCCCAUGGAUGGACAGGAGUCCAUGGAACCAAAGCUGUCCUCUGAGCACUACAGCAGCCAGUCCCAUGGCAAUAGCAUGACUGAGCUGAAGCCCAGCAGCAAAGCACACCUCACCAAGCUGAAAAUACCUUCCCAGCCGCUGGAUGCAUCAGCUUCAGGUGAUGUGAGCUGUGUCGAUGAAAUUCUUAAAGAGAUGACGCAUUCUUGGCCUCCCCCUCUAACGGCUAUUCACACACCUUGCAAAACAGAACCUUCCAAAUUUCCUUUUCCAACUAAGGAGUCUCAGCAGUCCAAUUUUGGCCCUGGAGAACAAAAAAGAUAUAAUCCUUCUUCUAAAACUUCAAAUGGGCACCAGUCUAAAUCUAUGUUAAAGGAUGACUUGAAACUAAGCAGCAGUGAAGACAGUGAUGGGGAACAGGAUUGUGAUAAGACAAUGCCCAGGAGUACACCGGGAAGUAACUCUGAACCUUCACACCAUAAUAGUGAAGGAGCAGAUAACUCCAGAGAUGAUUCUAGCAGCCACAGUGGAUCUGAAAGCAGCUCCGGAUCUGACUCUGAAAGUGAAAGUAGUUCCAGUGACAGUGAGGCAAAUGAGCCGUCUCAGAGCGCAUCUCCUGAGCCUGAACCACCACCAACAAACAAAUGGCAGCUUGAUAACUGGUUGAAUAAAGUAAACCCCCAUAAAGUAUCACCAGCUUCUUCUGUGGACAGUAACAUCCCAUCAUCUCAAGGCUACAAAAAGGAAGGCCGAGAGCAGGGUGCUGGGAAUAGCUACACUGAUCCAGGUGGACCUAAGGAAACAAGUUCCUCUACUCCUGGACGGGACUCCAAAACCAUCCAAAAGGGAUCAGAAGGUGGGCGUGGUAGGCAGAAGUCUCCUGCACAGAGUGACAGCACAACACAGAGGAGAACUGUUGGCAAAAAACAACCCAAAAAGGCUGAGAAGGCAGCUGCUGAAGAGCCCCGUGGAGGCCUUAAGAUAGAAAGUGAAACCCCAGUAGACAUGGCUGCCAGUAUGCCCUCCAGCAGACACAAAGCAGCCACCAAAGGCUCAAGGAAACCCAAUAUAAAGAAGGAGUCUAAAUCUUCUCCGCGACCUACAACAGAGAAAAAGAAAUACAAGUCAACAAGUAAAUCUUCCCAGAAAUCAAGGGAAAUCAUAGAAACAGAUACCUCAUCCUCAGAUUCGGAUGAAAGCGAGAGCCUUCCUCCUUCCUCACAAACUCCUAAGUACCCUGAGAGCAAUAGGACUCCUGUUAAACCCUCCUCAAUGGAGGAAGAAGAUAGCUUUUUUCGGCAACGAAUGUUCUCUCCUAUGGAAGAGAAGGAACUUCUUUCACCCCUCAGUGAGCCCGAUGACAGGUAUCCACUUAUUGUGAAGAUUGACCUGAAUCUCUUGACUAGAAUACCAGGAAAGCCUUAUAAAGAAACAGAGCCACCCAAGGGGGAAAAGAAAAAUGUGCCAGAAAAGCACACCAGAGAAGCUCAGAAACAAGCCUCAGAAAAAGUUUCCAACAAAGGCAAGAGGAAACAUAAGAAUGAGGAUGAUAACCGAGCGAAUGAGAGCAAGAAGCCCAAAACGGAGGACAAGAAUUCAGCCGGCCACAAGCCAUCCAGCAACAGAGAGUCGUCUAAGCAGAGUGCUGCGAAAGAAAAGGACCUGCUGCCUUCUCCCGCUGGGCCUGUUCCUUCAAAAGAGCCGAAGCCAGAGCAUGGCUCUCGGAAGAGGACAGUUAGUCAGUCUUCUUCCUUAAAGUCAAGCAGCAACAGCAACAAGGAGAAUAGUGGCAGCAGCAAGAGUAGUUCCUCUACAUCUAAGCAGAAGAAGACUGAAGGGAAGACUUCCAGUAGCUCCAAGGAGGUUAAGGAAAAGGCUUCACAUAGUUCCUCCACCUGUCCUCCAUCUACACCAACUCCUGAAGCUUCUAAGCCUCGAAGAACAAAGCUUGCCUUUGAUGACAGAAAUUAUUCAGCAGACCAUUAUUUACAAGAAGCAAAAAAGCUAAAGCACAAUGCAGAUGCAUUGUCUGAUAGGUUUGAGAAAGCGGUAUACUAUCUUGAUGCUGUUGUGUCUUUCAUUGAGUGUGGGAAUGCAUUAGAGAAAAAUGCUCAGGAAUCCAAAUCCCCAUUCCCUAUGUAUUCAGAGACAGCAGAGCUCAUCAAAUACACCAUGAAGCUAAAGAAUUACUUGGCACCAGAUGCCACAGCUGCAGAUAAAAGACUCACAGUACUUUGCCUGCGAUGCCAGUCUUUGCUGUACCUGAGGCUAUUCAAACUGAAGAAGGAAAAUGCUCUGAAGUACUCAAAGAUGCUGACAGAGCACCUGAAGAAUUCUUAUAAUAAUUCUCAAGCACCAUCACCUGGUUUGGGAAGCAAAGCUGUUGGGAUGCCUUCUCCCGUUUCUCCAAAGCUGUCGCCAGGCAAUUCAGGAAAUUAUUCUUCUGGGGCCAGUAGUGCUUCAGCAAGUGGUUCUUCAGUGACUAUUCCACAGAAGAUCCACCAGAUGGCAGCCAGCUAUGUUCAGGUUACAUCCAACUUCCUCUAUGCCACAGAAAUUUGGGACCAAGCUGAACAGCUUUCCAAAGAGCAAAAAGAAUUCUUUGCUGAACUGGAUAAAGUAAUGGGCCCUCUCAUCUUUAAUGCAAGCAUCAUGACAGAUCUAGUUCGUUAUACCCGGCAGGGACUGCACUGGCUUCGCCAGGAUGCCAAGUUGAUAUCUUGAACUGAACACAUUCUUGUUGCCUCCGAUUUUCUCCACAACACUGUGUCACAUCACGAAGGAAAACUGCCAUAACACGCCACCUAGUCAACACUAAGAAUGAGGAAUGGUUUUCUCCUCCUUGGUUCAUGUGUUGUUAUUUUUUAUAACCCAAAGCCAUCAUGU